ACUGCACACCGAAGAGAUCUGCUGAUGGGAGAUAUGAUGCGACGCGAGAGGGAAAUGAUUCGACGUUGUACCACGACGACAGGAAGAGAGUACGCCGCCGAACGAAGGGAUGGAUGGAGAAGAACGGUAGCACAAAAGAGCCUGCGAUGACGCUUGUUGCGCUAGGGGUCCGUUCCGUCGUCCGUCCGUUCGUCGUUGCGUCGUCGCGUCCGUCGUCGUUCGUUCGCUGUCUGUUGUUGUGGCAGAGCAUUUUCGUUUCCCGCUCGGCUAAAGCUGUCUCAUUAGUGCGCGCGCAGUUGUCGAAGCUGGACGCUUUUGCAGGAGCCAUCGAAAGACCCGCACAAGAUCGGAGGAGUAGUGCCAGACCAGCUUAUCCAAGAAGGGGAUUGUUCCGACAACGACGAAGCGGAGGGUAUAGUGUGAGGUUGUUAGGGUGACCCUUCGUUUAGUGAAUCACACGCACUGCAAACAGCGUCUCAGCGGCAGCAAUCAGAGCACAGAGAGUGGCGCGAGUUGGUAGUAGGCUAUAGAUAGUUUGUAGGCGCGUGAGCCCCGGAGAGACACGGAGUGCGUUUAGUAGUUUAGUGAACCGCGCAUAGCAGCCCGCGAGGACUCCGACUCUGUGCUUUAUUGUGGUGUUUAAGUGAAAAAUUGUCGAACCGAAACGACGUUAAAUAAAGCAAAAACGGACGGCUGAAGCAAGCGAGAGUAAUACACGAACAGAGCACAGCCUGGAAGCGUGGGGUACCAGACAAAAGAAGUUUUCGACUCGGCGGUGUGUGCUUGCUCUCCUGGAAAGAAACCGGUGUGGAGGAACGAUUAUCUCGGACUUGGUUCACUAAGUUUCUGUCGUCCGGUGCCGGCCAGUAAAUGUUAGAGGAAGAAGCAAAAAGUGCAAACACAGAGAACUGCUGCAUACCAAAGAUCAAAACCCGAAGCGAGAAUCGGUCGAGAAGCUGUGAAGCCGCGUACUGUGUGGUCAGUGUGAACUGUUAGAUCCUAAGUAUUUAAACUGAUGAAACGACCUCUAAGAUAUUUAUUUCAACAUGCGAUAAUUGUGAUUUCAACUGAAUGCUUAUAAAAUUUACACCAACUUAAUCGUACUACUAGAAUAAGUCAUAAAUUGAUAAGUUCUGCACCAAGCUAAAAUCAAAACUCUUCACGCAACGAUCCGUCCAAAUUUAAACCGAUUCAAAUCAACCGGAGUAUUUCAUUAGCAGCUAAGAGUGCACCGUAAAAUCAAAACCCUUAAUUUUAAUUUCCACAAAAACCAACAAAACGAUUUAAAGUUAAAAACGUGAUAACGAUAAUACAAUAAAAAGCAUUUUCAUCGCCGAUAAUCGGACUUAAAGAGCACCAAUUACCGCCUCCAAUUUUCCACUUUAUGUGGAAGCAACCUUAAUCCGAGAGCUGAGAAGAAACUGAAGAAUUGGAAAACCAAAUACACCCGAAAAACACUUCCAAUCGACACCGAUCACCUUCGUUCGUUCUGGUGAAGUGAAGCGUGAUCAUCGGAAGGGAAAAUUUACACCUACCACAACUCCGGAAGCAAUCGAGAUACGCUUUACGAUAGAUUUUGCUUGAAUUUCAUCACAUUGCCUCAUAUACUAUCCGCCUACCUACGCUAAGACUGAGCAACAGAGAGAUCUUCGAAAGCAACAUACAGCAGCCUACUUAGUUUAACAACACAUACAGUAGUUCUAAGUUAAAUAGUCCUACUCUACGUUUAAAAGCUAAGCAAUCCAGUAACCUGCAACACCAGUGUAGCAACAAUCAACCACCACCAUCACGAAAGCAACAUAUUUGAAACAAGAGAUAUUCAUCGUCUAACUUUAAGGAUAUACACAUCUCAACGAUACUCCUCAUCGAGCAAUACAGUAAUUCUUAAUCUCUAAAGCUAAGCUAGACACGUAAGCGCACUGCAAUCGUACUCUCUAUACGGCAACUGCAAUCACCUUGACAAGGAGCGACAAGGCUGUCAACUCAACCAAAUAUUAAGUUAUCAAACCCGUAAGCUAAGUGAUCAUCAAUCCGUCCCACACGCAAACCGCGCCCCUCAAGAUGUUACCAAGCAAUCAACACCAGCAGCACCCGUCGUCCCAGCAGCAGACGGUCUCCCAGGCCGAACAGCAGCACCUGCUCAACGCGGUGGGCAUGAGCACCGCCUACACGACUACAUCGACCAGCUACAGCAUGAGCUACCCGGUGGUUCCCGGCCACCACUUGAACGAAAACAACAACCUGGUGAUGCACCCGUCCUACGGAAAGCCGGCAGCCCACGUAGCGCACCAGCUUCCACCGGCAUCGCUCAUCACGCUGCAGCCGGUGGCCCUGGACGCGCACCAUCCGUCGCUGCACCACGUGUCCGGACUGGGACAACCGCAGCCGUCGCACACGAUCACAUCACUGUCCCAGCCGGGUGGCCUCGGCCAACAGGGAAUGUCCUCGCUGGGGCCGCACGGUCCACAGCAGUCUUCCGUGGGUCAGAUGUCGGUCGGUAUGGGUGGCCACUCCGGCUCCUCGAUGAACGACCCAAACGGUAAUGACGACGGUAGGUUCUUGUCCAGGUUUAGGUGCGGUUCCCGCGAUCCUCGGUCCAGGUUACCCUCAAGGGUUUCUGCGUAAGUGCAAGCGAACUUUGUAUCGUUACAGCAGGUUUCAGCUAGGGGCGGUAGCACCAGCUACGCAUGGAGGAUUAGCAUCAAUCGCGCGCCGCGAUCCUCGCCGUUCCGACUCGACGUCUGGGAUUGCUCCGUAAAACCGUCUCUUUUACCGGUCAAUGGAAACCUCCGGGACUGGACCCCAACCAAAUCUGUAUAUAGCGUGCUAACAAGCGUCCAGUUUCUAACACGGCGACGGCCGGUUUCCCAUUGUCCGCGUAAAAAGACGCCUCGGUGGUCGAAUCCUCAUCACAUUUCGCUCGCUUCGCUCGACUGACGACGCCGUCGAGGCAGCCAGCGCAUUGCGAUGAGGGAUUAUAUUUCACACGUUUCACGGCGAUCCUCUUUGUUGUUGGUUCACGUCCAGAUCGUUUGUCAGAACGGCGGUGGUGGUGAUCUGAUUGCAACACAACCAGAUCUCGGUGGUUCUUCUUCUGGAAAGGAACGAGGCAAUUAGCAUCAACCGGAGGACCAGGAGGACAGUGGCACUGGAGCAGUACGAGUCUCUCGAUAACCGUUCUAAUCGACUAACUUGGCGUGGAAGAUAGAAACUAGGGAUGUCGUAAAGUUAUUGAAUUUUCAGAUCGAUCAAUUUCAAACCUAUCCAGAUUUUUUGAGGACCACAAUCAAACUUCUUUUCUGGUAUGGAUCAUACAAUCUGUCAUCUGGUUUGCGCCGUUUGACAGUUGAACGAUAAGAUUGAUAGUCAACAACUGUCAAACGACAUGAUCUUGAAGGGCGAUCGAUUGAUCCCAAUUAGAAACCAAGCAUGAUCGUGAUGAUUUACAGUAGGCUGACAUACACAAAUGCUCUCCACAAAUACGCUCAAUUUCCGGUAGGGAUCCAAUGAUUUGACGAACGUGUUCUUCGACGAAUGAUCAAUCCAAUGCAGCGCUAAUGGCCGCCAUAAUGUGGCUCACUUUCUAGUAGGGAUCAG